GCAGGACGUGCGCCCAAGUCUGGCUAAGCAGAGGCCAGCGAGAGCCGUGCCAAGUCAAGGCCAGCCGUGCCCAGCGGCUCCGCGACCCGGGCAUCCUCUGCCUUCUCCCCGUUCCCACUGGAAUCGCGCUCCUAGCGCCGGCCAAAGCAGUCCUCGCCGGGACCCUCGGUUGCUGCCGUCGGGGAGCGCCUGCCGUCGAGCCAACAUGCCUAUCACUCGGAUGCGCAUGAGACCCUGGCUAGAGAUGCAGAUUAAUUCCAACCAAAUCCCAGGGCUGAUCUGGAUUAACAAAGAGGAGAUGAUCUUCCAGAUCCCAUGGAAGCACGCUGCGAAACAUGGCUGGGACAUCAACAAGGAUGCCUGUCUGUUUCGGAGCUGGGCCAUUCACACAGGCCGAUACAAAGCAGGGGAAAAGGAGCCGGAUCCCAAGACCUGGAAGGCAAACUUUCGCUGCGCCAUGAACUCGCUGCCAGAUAUUGAAGAGGUGAAGGACCAGAGCAGGAACAAGGGCAGUUCAGCUGUGCGGGUGUACCGGAUGCUCCCACCCCUCACCAAGAGCCAGAGGAAAGAGAGAAAGUCCAAGUCCAGCCGAGAUGCUAGGAGCAAGGCCAAGAAGAAGCCGUAUGGGGAAUACAGCCCCGAUACCUUCUCUGAUGGACUCAGUAGCUCCACCCUGCCUGAUGACCACAGCAACUACACAGUUCGCAGCUACAUAGGGCAGGACCUGGACAUCGAACGGACUCUCACUCCAGCGCUGUCACCGUGUGGCGUCAGCAGCACUCUCCCUAACUGGCCCAUUCCAGUGGAAAUUGUGCCAGACAGUACCAGCGACCUGUACAACUUUCAGGUGUCCCCCAUGCCCUCCACCUCUGAAGCUGCAACAGAUGAGGACGAGGAAGGGAAAUUAACUGAGGACAUCAUGAAGCUCUUGGAGCAAACAGGGUGGCAGCAGACAAGCGUGGAUGGGAAGGGGUACCUGCUUAAUGAACCCGGGGCCCAGCCCACCUCUGUCUAUGGAGAGUUCAGUUGCAAGGAGGAGCCAGAAGUUGACAGCCCUGGGGGGUAUAUUGGCCUGGUAUCUUCAGAGAUGAAGAACAUGGAUCCCAGCUGGUUGGACAGCCUGCUCACCCCAGUCAGGCUGCCCUCCAUCCAGGCCAUUCCUUGUGCACCAUAGAUGGGCCCCUGACCCCCUUUGACUCCUUUAGGCGACAGGGCCUGGCAUCAUGGUGGCCGUGGUGCAAAGAAGCAGGAAUCCUGUGGCCCCUUCAUAUGAUGAAGUAUGACCCCACUGCUGACCAAGGAUGGGUCUUUCCGCCUCGGGACAGUGGCCUCUUGCAGUCCAGCAGGGCAGGGUCUGGAGUCAUCUUGUGGGGUAAAGCUGGCCCUGCCUCCUGGGAAGAUGGGGUUCUGAGACUGGUGUGUCAGGUGGCAGUCUCAGACAGGAGUCAGCCUCCAGCUUUCCCCUCUGAGUCCCACUGCCUGCAGAGGGUUUUACUAUUCCUGAGCUGGCCCGAGAGAACGGACCAGUGACCUCAGAAAACAUGGCACCAACUCCAGGGCUGGCUCUGCACUAAGAGACAAUUGCACUAAGUGAAUCCUGUUCCCAAAGUAACCACUUCCCUUCCUAGCUGAGCCCUGAGGACUGUUCCAACACCAGUGAAAUGUGAAGGAAGAAUGGGGUCCCUGUGGGACAGUGCCCCCUCUGCCUCAGAGGAGCUCUACCCUGCUCCCUGCCUAGGCUGAAGGGCUUGUGAAAAAACCUGGCACUUUUUCUAGUGGACCUUGCCACGUUUCUGAUCAGAGGUGUACACUAACGUUUUCCCAAGCUCUUGGCCUUUGCAUUUAUUUAUACUGUGCCUUGCCCUGCACCCACGUGCCCCCUCAGGCAGGCCCCGGCAGCCCCCAGCAGGCCCAGGGAGGCAAGUGUGAGCGCCUUGGUGUGAUUUAAAAUUGGAAAUAUCAUCUGACCACUAAGUCAUGUGUGACCACACAUGUACAUGUAUGUAAAUAUGUACAUUUGUCUUUUUAUAAAAAUUGUAUU